UUGAGAAGGUGUUGGUACAUCUCACUUUCUUCGUUCCUCUGUGGAUCGGCCUCAUAAUCUUCGGCGACGAUCUCUCGCAGCCGCCACACACUGUAGAAAAAAUCACGUAACCUCAUCUUCUUUCCUAUAAGAUUAGCGAUCGCGGUGAUUGCUCAACUACCAAACAUGGCUGCCUCCAUUGCUUCAUGCUUCCUAAUAUCCUUCUUCCUCAGCGUAGCUCUGCUUGGGCAUGCUGACGACAGGCUCCUCCGAGGCCAAUCCCUCUCCGGAGAUCAAACCAUGGUCUCCGAAGGCGGGAAGUUUGAGUUGGGCUUCUUCUCUCCGGGACACUCCGGGAACUACUACGUCGGAAUCUGGUACAAGGUCCCCAAACAGCAAGUGGUUUGGGUGGCCAACAGAGACGCCCCUGUUUCCGAUCGCUCAUCCUCGCAAUUCAAACUCGAUGGCCAUGGCAACCUUGUCCUCCUCGCUGGCCCAGACCGCCUGGUUUGGUCAUCCAAUUCGUCGAGCACCUUUCCUUCAGCCUCCGCGGUCGCCGUCCUCCUCGACGAUGGCAACCUCGUUCUGCAGGAAGAUAAUCGCACUUCCGGUGAAUUAUUGUGGCAGAGCUUCGAUCACCCCACCAACACUUAUCUCCCCCGAGCUAAGCUUGGGUACAACAAGUUAACCGGCGCCAACCGGUUCCUUACGUCGUGGAAGAACCUGGAGGACCCUUCGCCGGGGAAGUUCACCUUCGAGAUCGACCCGAACGGUGUCACGCAGUUCUACCUGGUGAAGGAGAGGCGGGAGAGGUACUGGACCACCGGCGUUUGGAACGGAGAGAUCUUUAGUGCCGUGCCGGAGAUGAGAUCGGGCUACUUCGUCAACUUCACCAACGUGUCGAACAGGGACGUCAACGAGUUCUCCUACUACGUCUUCGACCCCAACGCCAUCCACAACUUCAUGCUGGAUUCCUCCGGCGAGAUGGUUCGCCGAAAAUGGGACAACGGAACCGGCGAGUGGCUGCGGUUCGCAAUGCUGCCGAGGGAUCCUUGCGACGUGGAGGGGAGGUGCGGGGCUUUCGGCAGCUGCAACAAUUACAGCUCUUCCUUCUGCCAGUGCUUGCAGGGGUUCCAGCCGGGGUCUUCCAAGGACUGGAAUUUGGGAGAUCAAACUGAGGGAUGCAUCAGAAACGUUCCUCUUCGGUGCGGAGAAGAUGAUGGAUUCGUCGUCGUAUCGAACACGCUGUUGCCGGUGAAUUCCACGAGCUUGUCGUCUGCCAGCAGCAGAGAAAAUUGUCGAACUGCUUGCUUGAAGAAUUGCUCCUGUACUGCUUACGCUUAUGCUUCACGGUGUUUGGUGUGGCACGACGAUCUCUUCGAUCUCAAAUCGUUGUCUUCCAGCUCAAGCGUCGAAGGCUAUACCGUUAACGUUCGAGUCGAUGCUUCAGAAUUGCGUGAUCGUAAGAGUGGCAAAAAGUGGAGGACGAUCGUUCUCAUCACGAUGGUGGGCGGUGCUGUCAUCGUCAUUCUUGUCGUUUUGGGGAAGAACUGGAGUCGCCGGAGAAGGAAGAGUGAAACUUUGGAAGUAGUGGAAGGCCCUCUGGUUUCGUUUGAUUACAAGUUUCUGAAACGAGCCACCAAGGACUUCUCGGAGAAGCUCGGGCGGGGAAGCUUCGGAGCGGUGUUUAAAGGCGAGCUGCCUGACUCCGGUGAACUGAUCGCCGUCAAGCGGCUGGAGAGCGUUCGGCAAGGCGAGAAGCAGUUCCGGAUGGAGGUCACCACCAUCGGGCUGAUCUACCACAUCAACCUCAUCCGCCUCCGUGGCUUCUGCUGCCACGGCGAUCACAGGCUGCUCGUCUACGACUACAUGGUGGGAGGUUCGCUGGAUUCGUUUCUGUUCAAUCCCGACGCUUCCCGAGUCCUGCGCUGGAAGAGGCGGCGCAUGAUCGCGGUGGGGAUCGCCCGCGGCCUGGCUUAUCUCCACGAGAACUGCAGGGAAUGCAUCAUGCACUGCGAUAUCAAGCCGGAGAACAUCCUUCUCGACGCCGACAUGACCCCCAAGAUCGCGGACUUCGGCAUGGCCAAGCUCCUCGGCCACGAGUUCAGCCGGGUGCUCACCACCGUGAGAGGGACCUUCGGCUACCUCGCCCCCGAGUGGAUCACCGGCUCCGCCAUCACGCCCAAAGCCGACGUUUACAGCUUCGGAAUGGUGCUCUUCGAGAUCAUUUCCGGCCGGCGAAACAGGGACCGGUGCGAAAUGUGGAACCAUCUCUACUUCCCUCUCUUCGCUGCGAUCAAGUUGCACGAAGGAGCCGGCGGCGGUUGCUUGGCGGACUCUAAGUUGAAGGGAGAAGCGGACGAAGAUGAGAUCGCGAGAGUUUGUAGGGUCGCCUUAUGGUGCAUACAGGAUCUGGAGAGCAGCAGGCCGACCAUGGGAGAAGUUGUGAGGCAGCUCGAAGGAGUCUUGGACGUUGCUUUGCCACCAAUUCCAACUCUGCUCAAAAACAUGAAUGUGUGCGAUGAAACAGACGAAGAGGACAUGUCCUCCAGCGUCUGGUGAUGAAAUAUGAGCAGUGUGGUAAAGUUAGAUGAACAAUCCACAUCAUCAUCAUCAUCAUCAUCAUCAUCAUCAUCAUUUCUUCUGUGACAAAUAUUGAAAGUAAAAAGGGACAGCCCGGUGCACGAAAUUCCUGCCAUGUAGGAUCCUGGGGAAGGAUUCAUUAUACACAACCUUACCCUACUUUAUUGCAAGAGGCUGUUUCUAGGAUUCAAA